UACUUAAUUAGAUGAACUCUGAACUCUCCAAAGGCGCGUUUGUCCACAUGAACCCCUUCACGUCCAGAGUUGAUGAAUUCUGUCAUGACAGAGUUAAACAUAAAGACACAAAAGGAGAGAAAGCGACGCUGUUGCACACUUGCGCACUGCGCGUAAAGGACACACACGUACCCAAACCCUCGCCGCGGCUUGUUUCGCUCCUAGCGAAGGAAGAAACUUUUGUUUUGUCAAUGAAGUGGACUUUUAUACGCGUACUUCCCUCCGUUUCAACACCUACGGCUUGUCUUUGUACAGCGGUGACUGUUGAAUAUGUGUAAGAAGAGGCGGGCGUUCCUGUGGAAGUCUCCCACUGUUUUCUGCAGAUAAACAGCUUUUCUUUAGUGAUCUGUAACAUGGAGCUAAGUGAAACGGGGAAUUCUAAAAGAGGAGCAGAUUUAUGUGAAGACCCCACCAGACUGCGUUGAUCAUCUCGUGUGCCAUGAACAGAAGAUCAACUGCGCUUUGGAGUUCAAACUGGACUUUAUCUGAAGCACUUGUGCACCUACGGGGAAGAUCGCGAAUGCACUCGAUUUAGUCUCUUUACUCGCGUUUAAGGUCGAGUGUCCGCGAGUUUUUCCGUUUAGUAGUACGACUUUCACGCUUUGUGUUAUUUUAAGAGCGCAAAUCUACUAUUAUGACAGGCUUUAGCUCAUGGAGCUUCUCCUAUCCAGAUGGAUCUAGCGCAGGUCUGCGUUCCUCCGUAAAGCGGCUCUAAAGGUUGCUCUGAUGCACGAAGGAUCCUCCAAACUCUCACAAUGGCUCGAUCAAACACGGAAUAUGGUCACAUCUCCUGCUUGAGCCCAUCUGAUCUCGUUAGUCACUGAUCUGGCAGGUUUAGCGCGAUCAUGGUCUCCUCCGGCUGCGCUCUGAUGGUUUUGAUGGUCACUCAGGUGUUCUUUGGAGGCUCCAGUGGACUCGUUCCCCAGAUCGGCCGGUCCUCUCUGUCUCAGGACGUCCUGCACGCGUUUGAACUUCGACUUCUGAGCAUGUUUGGACUCAAACACAGACCGAGUCCCAGCAGGUCUGCAGUGGUUCCGCAAUACAUGAUGGACUUGUACUCGAUGCACUCGGUGAACGCGGAGCAGAACAACAGCAACAGACCCAAGGGCUCCUUAGGGAAAGGCUCGGAAAGAUCUGCCAGCCGCGCGAAUACGAUCAGGAGCUUCCACCAUGAUGAAUCCAUGGAGGACCUGUCCAGUUCGAGCGGAAAGACGACUCAGCGUUUCCUCUUCAACCUGACCUCCAUCCCGGGUGAGGAGUUGGUGACGUCAGCGGAGCUGCGGAUUUUCCGAGAGCAGGUCGUGAGCAACCUCAGCGAGGGAUUUCACCGCAUUAACAUUCACGAGAUCAUCAAACCGUCCGGUUCCUUUCAAGAACCCAUCACGAGACUCCUGGACACCAGGCUGGUUCAACACAGCUUGAGCAAGUGGGAGACUUUCGACGUGAGCCCCGCCGUCACGAGGUGGACUGCGGAUGGGCAUCCCAACCAUGGCUUCGUGGUGGAAAUAGUUCACCCGGACCGUGUAGAACAGGACUCCAAAAGACACGUCCGCAUCAGCAGGUCCCUGCAUGACAGAGAGGACACGUGGCCCCAAAUGAGGCCGCUGUUGGUGACCUAUAGCCACAACGGGAAGGGAAACGUGCUGCACUCUCGUGAGAAGAGGCAAGUGCGGACAAACAAACAGCGGAAGAAGCACAAAGCUAACUGCAGGAGACAUUCCCUCUAUGUGGACUUCAGCGACGUGGGGUGGAAUGACUGGAUAGUCGCCCCGCCGGGAUACCAUGCCUUUUACUGCCAGGGCGAGUGUCCGUUUCCACUGGCGGACCACCUGAACUCCACCAACCACGCUAUUGUACAGACACUGGUGAACUCGGUGAACAGCAACAUUCCCCGGGCCUGCUGCGUUCCCACGGACCUGAGCCCGGUUUCGCUGCUCUAUCUGGACGAAUACGAGCGGGUGAUCUUAAAAAACUACCAGGACAUGGUCGUGGAGGGCUGCGGAUGCCGCUGACGCCCGGACGUCUACAGACACUUUAUUUUUCCCAAUACUAAACUUUAUUUAUAAUAAAGUAAAACACAUAUUUUGGAG